AUGCAGCUAGAUCAGAACAGCAAGGACAGGCUUGCCACGGCCAUCGUGUGCACCGUUCUCGUUAUAUCGUCCAUUCUACUGCGUUUGUGGUGCAAAAUAUCGUUUCGUGCUGGCCUUCAUUUAGAGGAUUGGUUGAUGCUCAUGGUAAUGUUUGCAUACGUAGGUGCUAGCGCUGUUGACAUCUGGGGGCUUUUCAAAGGGGCAAGUGGCAAGGAGAUUACUGAGAUCGCAGCUGCGUUGCUCUUGAAUCCAUCUCCUGAGAAUGCUGCUACUCUGGAAAACUAUUUGAAGGUAACAAUUUCAAGUCGCCUCUUAUCACACUACCACCUAAGAGCUACUAAGGAAGUCAAGGCAUUGUUUAUCGGCGCUUUCAUUUCACCUAUAGGACUCACCUGCAUCAGGAUUUCAAUUUGCCUCUUCUACAUGAGGAUCUUCUCAACCAAGGCGUUCCGUACCAGGUCUAUGAUAGUGAUCUGUGUGAGUAUUGCGUGGUUGAUUUCAGCAUUUGUUGUGAGCCUUUGCUUCUGCUUUCCGCUUGAGAAAUUCUGGAAUCCAAUCAAGCCUGGGCGCUGCAUUGAUAUAAAUCUGUACUUUCUCCUCAUCGGUGUUUUCGAGACCGUGCUCGACACUGCUGUCCUUGCGCUCCCAGUAAGAGCCAUCUUCAAGGUCCAACUGCCCUUGAAAACGCGACUCCUCGUAUCCGGUAUCUUUCUGCUAGGAAUCUUCGCUGUCAUCACUAAUGCAUUGCGCAUAUCUCGUAUUUAUACACCGCACAGUAUAAAUGUAUCGUUGGGCCAGGCGACAAUAUGGACUCAUAUUCACUCUGCGACGGCGGUAGUCUGUGCCAACCUACCGAUCUACCGACCGCUUACCAGAAGGCUCGGCGAGCUCAUUGGCGAGGUACGAUCUUGGCUUGGCUCUUCAAUCACAUCAAUGCGCAGCAAACAACGACACACAAUUGAGGAGUCUGAGGGCAAUUUUGAAUCGUCUUUCCAGCUGGCGAGUAUGAGCCCUCGUGCUGGGACUGACAAGAAGGAGCCGCUGUUCCAAGGUCCAGUAGAGUCUACGCCUUCACGCACUGCACUGAAUCCUCACGAGGGCAUGAAUACAACUACAGCCUGGCGAAGUGACGCGUCCAUGGACUACCAAGCCGCUCCUCCGCAGAGCAUCAUGCAUACCAGGGCAUACGAAGUUGUAUGA